CGCGUUCCGGUGGUUGCUAAGGAAGCACCGAACCGGAAGUCCCGCCUGCCGAGCCGGGGCUGAUUUUGUUGUGACAGGGUCCGUGUCGGCCGCCUCGGCCCGGUUCCGUUCUCGGCCUACCCGGGCCCCGCCGCCGGCUCCGCUUCCCGCCCAGCCCGCGCCAUGAAGUGGAUGUUCAAAGAAGACCACGCGCUGGAGCACAGAUGUGUGGAGUCAGCAAAGAUCCGCGCCAAGUACCCUGACCGUGUCCCGGUUAUAGUGGAGAAGGUAUCAGGAUCUCAGAUUGUUGAUAUUGAUAAGAGGAAAUACUUAGUUCCAUCUGACAUCACCGUGGCCCAGUUUAUGUGGAUCAUCAGGAAGAGGAUUCAGUUGCCCUCUGAGAAAGCAAUAUUCCUCUUUGUAGACAAGACUGUCCCACAGUCCAGCUUAACUAUGGGACAACUUUAUGAGAAGGAGAAAGAUGAAGAUGGAUUCUUAUAUGUUGCCUACAGUGGAGAGAACACAUUUGGUUUCUGAAUGGUGGAUCUUGGCUGCUAUAUCAUCCUGCUGUGUAUCUUGUAAAUAGCUGAUCAUUUUCUGUUCUGACAUCCACAUAAGUUCCUUCUAUAUAUAUGCAUUUGUAACUGGAUUUAUUUCCUAAUAUAGAUAGGUCUUGUUUUAUUAGACUGUUAAAUUAUGAAGAAAGUUGUUGUGUUUUUUCUCAUGGCUAUGAAUUCCUUCAGCCUCAUUCCUUUGGGAGAUACAUCCAGACAUUAAUGAAAUAAUAAAGCUAAGUAGUUGGGCUUCUAAAACAUGGAAAGAAGAAUGCACAUUUAUUCUGUUUUGAGAUGUUAAGUUUAUGAAAAGUAAAAGCAUUACAUUAGUACUGGGAACACUGGAGUUGCUAGAUUAUCUUAAGCAGUAGCAAGAUGCUGAUCAUGUUGAAACUGCAAUAGUAUGUACUUCUUUCUCACUUAACAAACAAUAAAAAUUCCUACCACAAA